CAGCUCGCUGACGUCAUGCCUGUGCGUCCUGGCGUUGCGUUGAUCACACAGCAGCGUUUCCGUGUUCUACUGAAUCUACCAUCUAGUUUUCUUAAUUUGAGAAACCGCUGUAGUAAGAAGAUGAGCAGUGAAAAAUACCCCAGGUCUUCUAUUGAAGACGACUUUAACUAUGGCACCAAUGUCGCCACAGCCAGCGUCCAGAUCCGGAUGGACUUCCUGAGGAAGGUGUACACCCUGCUGAGCCUGCAGAUCAUCCUGACCACGGCCACCUCCGCCCUCUUCAUGUUCUCUCAGACCAUCAAGGAGUUCGUCCAUGCCAGUCCUGCGGUGGUUCUGGUUUCGGCUCUGGGCUCUCUGGUUCUCCUGCUGGCUCUGGCCGUGUACAGACACCAACAUCCAGUCAACCUCUACCUGCUGCUCGUAUUCACUCUGCUGGAAGCCGUUUCUGUGGCCACAGCGUUGACCUUCUAUGAAUACUCCACCGUUCUGCAAGCCUUGUUCCUGACCUGUGCUGUCUUUGCUGGACUGACAUGCUACACCUUCCAGUCCAAGAGAGACUUCAGCAAAAUGGGAGCAGGACUCUUCUCCUGCCUGUGGAUCCUCAUCAUUGCAAGCUUCAUGAGGCUGUUCUUCAACAGUGACAGCACAGAGCUGGUCAUGGCUGGAGCCGGGGCCCUCGUCUUCUGUGGCUUCAUCAUCUACGACACCCAACUGCUGAUGAAGCAGCUCUCCCCCGAGGAGCACAUCCUGGCCUCCAUCAACCUCUACCUGGACAUCGUCAACCUCUUCCUGCACAUCCUGCGUCUCCUGGACGCCAUGAAGAAGCACUGAUGGACCACUAAACUCAGCUGACUGGAGACCCUCAGAUUUGCCUGUGCUGUGACCACCUUGUGUUCAUGUGAGUUUAUGAAAUUCAACAAAACUUUGAUUUUAGAGAGGAAUCUUUGCGAAAAUAAAAACCAGUCUGUUCACUAUGAACUAUUUUUACAGGCGUCUACACUUAUGUUAUGUCUGAAACCAAAAUGUACUCGUCAUAUUAUGUGACAGCUUAUUGACCUAAAGGGACACUGCUUGAUUUGAUAUAGAGCCAACUAGCAUCACAUUAUUUGCAGCCCACCUUGUGUUUUUGACCCUGUCUACACCUGGUAUUAACCCUUAGGGCCUGCUUUAUUAUUACACACACUAAUAUUACUCUGCGCACACCAACACCAAAAUAGCUCAACUCUGAUGUUAAACCCCUUAAGCCAUUAAUUACUGUUAAGUAACUGAUGCUAACAGUUAGCCCUGUCGCUGUUUGUGAGGGCGAACUCUAACCAAAUGUCCCUGGCGUGGAACUCACACUCCAGCAGUAAAAAACCCCACUAAGACCUGCUGACAUCUGUUUGUUUUUUAUAUAUAGUGAGAAAAGUUACAAUCAGCAUUUAUACCUGGGUCACAUGAUUCUGUAGUAGUCAUGAGUAUUAAUCGGUUCAGGCUCUGAUUAGCAUUGAUGGUAACACAACACCAGGGUGAACACGUUAAUUUUAAUCUCUUUACCAGUGCUAGCUGAAACAGAAUACUGUCGCCCAAGUGGUGCUCAAAAUCAUAACAAAUUUGUCAGCACCAAGCUUGAGAGAGAGAGACUGAAUAAAAGAGAGACAUAUAAUAAAAGUAACCACUGUUACAUUUUCACUGGCCUCCAUGCUGCUUUCUACUGUUUACUAACCUGUUUUGCGGCCUGUCUGUGACAUCGAAUGUGACGCACCAAAAGAAACAAACAAACAAAACGCACACGGAAAGGCAUACUAGUCUGUUGUGGAGCUGUGUACACAGCCCUGCUAUACUGGCAAUGAGAAAGGGCAUUCUUAGGGGGGAAACCCAUAUUAACACUUUCCCCUUUAGAGUAUUAUUAUUAAGUUGCCAGCCAGUGCCAGCAAUUUUGGUCAUAUUCCCUAAUUUUUUUAAGACCCCAGAAUAUUUUGUUCCUUGAAUAUAUAAACAAUGAAUGCAUCAAAAUAAAAAACAGAUCUUCUGUUUUUAUAAACAAGUGAACAGUUUAUCCUAGCUUCUUCAAUUACUUUUUCCUUUUUAUCAACACCUGGUUUUGUGCCUUUUAAUAAAAAGAACAACAUUUUGGACAAAAAGCUGAUGAAAUGGCAUUUCGCAAGAAAGUCAUCUUCAAAUUCAAAAUCAGUACCCUGUUUAUAUUGGUUGUUUAUUUUUUCAUGUCAACGUAAAUGAAAUGAAGCCAAAAAUAAUCCUGAAAAGCCUAAUGGCUGCGGUCACUUAUUUCUCCCUUGUUCCCUGAUGAACUGAGUAAGUCGGUAAAUGUGUCUCUUGUUGCUUUUUAAAAUAACGACGCUUAGAAGGUCUUAAAAGCUGCUAAAGAGCAAGAAAGUUGGCAAGUUUGUGGCCGUCUCUUCCUAAUACCCACAGAUCGUCUUGUUCUUUUGGGGUUUUUUUGAACACGGAAAUAUUGUUCAAUUGCACAAUAUCCAUAGCAGCGCCCUCUACAGCAUAACAGUGAAAACACAGAUUGAUGGUGUAUCUCAUCAGUGGCAGGGAAAGUGUUCAGAAUCAUGCAUACAAUAGCUAAUUAUGGUGGAAAAGGUGUUUAUGAUGGUGUAUGAAAUGAUAUAUAGGCGUUUAUUUGUUAAUACCAAGUAGAAAAGUAAGAUGCGAUCACAAGCAGUCACUUGAGUAGCAUUUGUAUUAAUGGCAGGUGUGAAGAGACGGACCUAGAGCUGUCCACGCAUGAUCAGAUCACACGAGAUGCUUGUUAAUACCAGGUGUAAACAGGCUCUGUCUGUCUUUCAGUCCCUCUUUUAACACUAUGACAAUGUUUUUUUUUUUUAUUUUUGUCGGCAAUUAGUUUAGCAAUCACACAUUAGUUGGGUGCUUUUGUUUGUGGGGUUGCGAUAAAAUAAAGUCCAGUACAUCAAAAUUUUCAAAGUGAGCUGUGAGACAUUUGAUCAUGUGUGGCACUAGUGGACACUGGAACAAAUUUAGAGUGCAUUUUUUAGUGUCUUUUUUUUUCUUUGCAGGGUUUCAUAUCUGUCAUUCCAUUAAUUUAUUCUCAAAUUGAAUUUAUCGGUGAAUGUUUUUAAUGUUAACAGAAAGAAAUAGUUAAUAUUCAAUCAAUAUCACUGCACCUCUUUCAUGUUCCACAUCUGCUAAUGAUGUGCAGCAGCAAGAAGUUGAUUCAUAUUAUUAAAGUGCAUGCCCUGGGUGUGGUAAUAUGUUAUUGAUUGUACAUAUUUUAAUGGUGUAAAUGUAACUGUACAGUUUAGUACUGAAGGGUCAAAUCUGAAGGCUAUAUAUGAAAAUGAUGUAAUUCUAUUCUUUUGAGUAAUCUCAUACUUCAAGUUAUGGAUAAAUGCUUCAGCUGUUCUUAAUGAAUGAUUUAAUAAAAAUAACACAUGUAUUAUUCUUCCAUUUUUAAACCACAGAUGUGCUUGUCUUAAAAAAAGAAUGUAAUUAACUUGGUUUUGUACUGCUUUUUCUGUUGUGUUUGUUUUGUUGAUUAUGGUUUAUGAUUACCGUAAAACUUCAAUUAACAGUCCGAACUAUUAUUUGCUUAAUCCACUUAACUCAACGGGUUUAUAUUUGGGACAAGCUUCUAUAUGGGACAGGCUUUUUAUUCCCUUUCCACAGGGAACACAAUCAAAUUUUGAUUCCAACCUUUUCUUUUUGUUUUUGCAUCUUGUUUUCUUUGCCUCUCUCACUUCUUCUUUGCUGCUCAUGGUUUCAGUAAAAUGAAGUGAAUGUUUGAAUUUUAGAUAAUCUUACCAAGCUAACCAUGUGUGUAGCAUGUCCAUAUUGACAAAAGUUUUAACAUUUAUAUUUUUUGUAUGCAUCAUCUAAGCAGCUAAUUAAUGUUAGCUCCAGCAGGUAGUCAAAGAACCUCUAUAUAUUCUAUAACUUCUAUAAAUGCGCUGCAUGGUUAUCGAGCCUCUGAUUGAGACAGGCCUUUAUUUGUCAAAAUGUGUCUGCACACUGGGCUAGUUAAAGGGACUAUGCUUUUAACUGGGACAGGCUUUUAUUUGAAGUUUUAUGGUAAUUGCUGCUGGUCUCCUUUUGCCCUUUUUUUGUAAUCUCUGUUGUUAAAUAUUCUUUCUGGAGCUGUAACAGACUUGUGAAAAUAAAGACUGUAUUUUCCAAAUGGAAAAAGUAUGAAGGAAA